GUCCUGAUUUAAGUUUUUGGGAUUGUACUUUUUCUCCUCUCACUUUCUCUCCUCUUUCUCGCUCUCUCUCUCCUCAUUUUCCUUUCAAAUCCGCCAUGAAAAUGCCUUCAAAAACCUCUCUUUUCACUGUGCUUUAAACCUUUACACCCUUAAGCCCUUCGGUCCCUUCCCCUUGAUGAUCAAAUCGACACCACCGCUCUCGGCACAUUUUUCCAAGAAUGGGUUCUCUCAUCCCAUUCCAAGACCUCAAUCUUCUUCCUGACCCAGCCACCUCCCCCUCCACCGCUGCCACUGCCAUUACUCCCGCCCUCAUUUUCCCCAAAAUCGAGCCCAAGCUCGAACCCUUUGAUGCUCCAACUCUACCGCUACAGUCUUUUCCCCAGAACCCUAGCCCUAAUUUCUUUGUAAACUCCGGACAACUGCCGUUUGUUGGACCCGGUUCGAACCCUAAUGAUACAGUUUUUUCUCAGACUCCCGAGGGUUCUCCAGAAGAGAACAAUGUUUACUCUGAAUACUACCGGAUUUCUGAGUUAUUCAGGACGGCUUUCUCCAAGAGGAUGGAGAACUUAGGGAAUAUCGAAGUCUUGGAUCCGGAUUCACGGGCAAUUGUGCCGGUGCCGGAGGAAACUAGGAUUUCCAACGUGGUUGUAUCGCGUCGCCGGGACCAGCGGUCGUCGGAGCUGGUGAGAGUUACGGAUCUUACAAUUGAUCACGUGAGGUACUUCCGCGACCUCGUGAGACGAACGAGAAUGUUAUACGACGCGCUCCGAAUCUUCUCAAUGAUGGAGGAGGAGAAACGCCGAGAAGUGGGCCUUAUUACCAGGCGCAGCAGAGGGGAUUUGAGAGCGGCGAAGUUGAUGAAAGACCGAGGCUUGUGGCUGAAUCGCGAUAAGCGGAUCGUUGGGUCGAUUCCGGGGAUUAACAUUGGAGAUUUGUUUCUUUUCAGAAUGGAAUUGUGUGUGGUUGGAUUGCAUGGUCAAGCUCAAGCCGGAAUUGACUACUUGCCGGGGAGCAGGAGCUCGAACGGGGAACCAAUUGCGACCAGCAUUAUUGUCUCUGGUGGCUACGAAGACGACCAAGACGAGGGUGAUGUGCUAAUCUAUACUGGUCAUGGAGGGCAAGAUAAAUUUUCAAGGCAAUGCGAUCACCAGAAACUAGAAGGUGGCAAUCUUGCACUGGAGCGAAGCAUGCAUUACGGAAUUGAGGUGAGAGUCAUUCGAGGAAUUAAGUAUGAGGGUAGCGUGACAGGUAAAGUUUACGUUUAUGAUGGGUUAUAUAAAAUUCAUGAUUCCUGGUUUGAUGUGGGCAAGUCUGGUUUUGGGGUCUAUAAGUAUAAGCUUCUGAGAAAUGAAGGACAAGCUGAAAUGGGUAGUGCCAUUUUAAGGUUUGCUGAGAAUCUUAGGGUUAGCCCCUUGACUGUUCGACCGGUGGGUUACCUUUGUGAUGAUCUUUCAACGAAGAAAGAGAAUAUCCCUGUUUUUCUGUUCAAUGAUAUUGAUGGUGAUAAUGAACCAAUGUAUUAUGAGUAUCUUCCGAGGACUGUGUUUCCGCUCCAUGCUUAUAAUCUUGGGGGAAAUGGAAGUGGGUGUGACUGCGUUGCAGGUUGUACUGAUGAUUGCGUUUGUGCGCAGAGAAAUGGGGGUGAGUUUGCUUACGAUCAAAAUGGGUUUCUCUUGAGAGGGAAGCCAGUGAUAUUUGAAUGCGGGAGCUUCUGCCGCUGCCCACCAACUUGCAGGAAUCGCCUGACUCAGAAAGGAUUGCGGAAUAGGUUUGAAGUGUUUAGAUCGAGGGAAACUGGUUGGGGAGUUAGGUCCUUAGACUUGAUACAGGCUGGAGCUUUUAUAUGUGAGUAUGCUGGGGUUGUUCUCACAAGGGAGCAGGCAGCACUGUUUAGUAUGAAUGGUGAUACUUUGAUUUAUCCCAAUCGAUUUACUGAUAGAUGGGCAGAAUGGGGUGACUUUUCCAAAGUGUACUCGGAUUAUGUACGACCGAUGCAUCCCUCAAUUCCUCCAUUAGAUUUUGCAAUGGAUGUAUCAAGAAUGAGGAAUCUUGCUUGUUAUAUGAGCCACAGUUCAUGUCCUAAUGUGCUUGUGCAGUUUGUGCUAUAUGAUCACCAUAAUUUAUUGUUCCCUCGCCUUAUGCUAUUUGCCAUGGAAAACAUCCCUCCUCUGAGAGAGCUUAGCUUAGAUUAUGGCGUGGCUGAUGAAUGGACUGGGAAGCUUCCUAUCUGUAACUGAAUAGUACUAAAACAUUGAUUCAUUUUUGAAAUGUGGUGGUGCAGCAGAGUUUUGAGGAUAUGAUGCACUAAGAAGACCAAGCAAGAACAAGUGAAGAAUUCCUGUGGACCAAGGUGUUCCUCAAACCUAACUUCCUAGCCUCUUGCCAGUCUUUUGAUAGUGCUAAUCUCAGUCUCACUGUUCCAACCACAGUCGGCUGGCUCAGAGAAAGCCCAAUCGGUAACUUACCUGUGAGCUCUCUUAAGGAGGCUCUAGUGCUGAAACAACUUGGGUUACAAGAAGUUUUGAUACAACCAAAUGGAUGAAGGUACCAUUAACAGAUGCUAGUUCAUCUCCUCAAAGAAUAAUCACUUGUCGCUUUCCAUCAUUGGAUAGCAAGCUAAAGGGCAUGUCCAGGAACUCUUUUAUCAUAGAAGGCCAUAGAAGCAAUACUCGAAUUCAGAGAUUGGGUUUAUUGCCCUGUUCCUCUCCAACCAAAUAACCCACACGGCAGCCAACAGAAAAUAAUGCAACAAAUCUCUACUCCUUGGUUGUGGACCAAGGCACUGGAAGGAAAUUCUCAGUCUUUGUGAGAUCUCUUGCAUUACUGAAUAGGUCUCUGUCUUAAGGAACAAUCAAUGCCAUAACACAUGUGGAAGGGCUCAGGAGAGAUGAUUAGCUGUCCUAUUAUUCUCUCUACAUUAGGUGCUUCUGUUUUCAUUGGAGGCUUUAUAAGUUGUCUUGAUCUGAAAGAGAUUGUUAGUAUUCACUUUUCAUGAGCCAUUAGCAAUGUAAAAGUUUUGACUUUGCACAGAUUUUAGUCUUCCAGAACAAUAUCGCUGGGAGAAAGCAAGUCUGAGAACCCCUCUUUUUAAGGAAAGUAAAGCAGUAUGUUGAUGGGAAGGAAUCUAAAAAUUCUGACAGUACCUCUGAUCAAUGUGAAACAGGAUAGUAAAUAUUUUGUAGGAGAAAGGAUAUGGAACCCUUAAUUUCUUGAUAUCCAUGGAAGUAAGAAUUUAGGGGUCGUGGAUUGUUGGAGAUAGAAUAAGAUGGGGGGAGUCCUUGAAAGAUGUUACAGCCAUGGAGGAAGUGGAGCAGAAACUUUAAUCUCCCCGGUAUGGAUCUUCAGAAAAUCCAUCAUACUGAGAGAAGUCCCAGACAUCCUUAGAGAUGGCUUUUCAUGGAAAGCAGUGUGGAACUCUGGUGUCAAGGUUAGCAUCCCAUCAUUUGGGACAUUGACCAUAUUUUCUUUCUGAUAAUAGAAUGCCAGAGAGCUAUAUUCUUUAUGAAACAUCCAUAACCAUUUACUAAUGAAGGCCUUAUUGCGCACUGUAAUCCCUAAGAGCCAGUUUCCUUGCGCCUUGAUCUACUCAUAACCUCUCAUCUCACAAGAUGUUCAGCUGCCCUCUUCUGUUCCAGGCCACAAUAAGUUUCUCUGGAUCUUCUGGAUCCUAGAAGCUGGAAUGUAUUUAUACCAUAUGCAUUUUCUAGGCACAUUGGUUUAAUUAUCUUGAGUAGGAGGAUAUAUAAUUUUCUCAUCCUUGUUUUUAUAUGCU